UCAGGAAUCGAUGACUUUCUUGGUAUUGGUGAGUUGGAUACGUGUUUAAAUCGUGUAUGGCUUCAAGUUUGAUCGGUGAGUAAGAGAGGAACAAUGGUAUACAGAGGUUAAGUGAAAGUUUGAUAAGUAUUUCAAUUUCCCAGCAUGUUUCUUGUUCUGAAUAUUAGUGGGUUACUUAUAUAUAUGUUGGAAAUUAGUAGUGUCUUGAACACUUUGGUCGGGAUUUACUUUACCAUGACUCAGACUGUGGAGAAGCCCAUGUAAUAAGUAUCCCCCUCUUUUCACAUCAAAACAGCUAACAUGGAAUAGAAAGCAAGGUUCGGCUGCAUGCCACCAUCACCAACAACAUCACCAUGAAGAUACGAAUACAUCCGUGACCAGUAGAUCGACUCCACCAAGCGAUCAAUCUCAGGCUUUGAAGAAGUGAACAAAGCAUCCCCUACUUUUACAUCAGAAACUGAUAUAUAAUAGGAAGAAGAAUUCCUCUGCUCGUCAUCGCCACCAUUGCCAAUAUCGCCAUGGGUAUUCAUCUACAUCCACAUCUAUCUCUACCUCAGCUACCAGCAGGUCAACCAUACCAAGUGAUCAAUCCUCAAAUCUCGGAACAUUAUUUGAUAAAGUGUCACAAGACCAGCUAUUAGCAGGUAUUGGAAGCUGGACGGAAGGUUAUGACAACACUUAUGGCAAAGACUACCCACAAGAAGUGGAUUUGAACAACAAUGACAAGCAGGAGGAGAAGGAGAAUUAGUGAAGGUUCGGUAUGAUAGAACGUUGCGAAUGAUGGAAUGUUAGGUCAUGCCUGGUCCUAGCAUGAUAC